UUUAAGCAUAAAUUGCUUUUUACAUUCUGUUUGUUUCUCAUCAUUCACAGACAAAUAUAUAAUAUUCAGAUCUAAAAAUUGUCUUGAGAGUGUUGUGGCCAAAAAACUGUCAUAGCAUUCUUCAAGGGAUGUUUAAGUAGGAGCAAUUAUUUGUCUUUUCAAGUGUUUUGAGGCUCAGACCCACAAAGCAGUGAGGGUUUGAUUUUAUUGACAAAGGGAAACAGACAAUGUCAUACGCUUUCUACUAAAAGCUAAUGAGAUUUUUCUCCCAAAUUUAUUUUCCUACUAUUUAAUAUAUGAUGAUUUUUCCACUUGGACAUACUGUAAACAUAAAAGUAGGCAGUCAUUUAAAUAAACCUUUAAAACAGAAAAAUAAUAAAAAAUUAGAUAGUUUUCUUCACUGAUUUAACUAUUAUGGUUUUCAUUCUAAUUAGAUGUUUUGUUAUUAUUUAUAUCCUUUUUGUUUCAAAAGCUCCUACAAUAAGGUAUUUUAACCUGGAUUUUUAUGUAUAUGGACCCAUUGUAAUUGUAUGCAAUGUGCUGAGUGUGUGUGUAAAUUCACUUUAUUUAGCAGUAGAUCCAUUAUGCUCAUCAGAAGAUAAAAACAUGUUCUCCUACUUGCAGCAUAGGUUUUUCAAGAUUAAUAUUCAUGAAAACUCAUUCUGUGGACUCCACCAUCAAACAUGUUUGCCUUUGUUGCUCCUCUUACCCUCCUCCGUAUAAUUUUUUUAGCUAUAUUUUUCGCAGUCCAGUUUAAUCUAAUACAGAUAGAGGUCUUCUAGGCAUUUUCCUACUUCUGGGAGAAAAAUAGAGUCUUGAAUUCUCCAAAUUUUAGGAAAAAUUGCCUAAGUGAUGUGCAUGCAAGUAUAUCACACAAGGUGAUAAUAUAUCGUAUCAGGCUUUUACUAGACUUCCCUUAGAAACUGCUUUUGUAAAUGGCCACUUUACAAACUGUUCAAAAAACAGAGUUUUUUGUGUAUUUUUUAAAAAUUCUUUAGUGAUGAUUAUGUGUCCCUUAGUUUUUUGUGGUUCUUCUAAUCACAGUACUAAUUAAGAUAAAAUUAAUUUUGGAAUAUAUGUCUACCUUAUGAAAUAAGUCUGCUUCAAAAUAUGAUCAUCUUUCCAAGAAUAGGAUGGGGACUUGCUUUUCAUAGUUCAUUCGAGCCUCUCAAGUGUUUUCUAUUCAAAUAGAAAAAAAUAAAUAAAUAUACUAGCAAAACAAUAUGCUCAGAUAAAACUUGAAAGUAAACGUAUAUGUCCUGGUAAAAUUUCACCUUAAUUUGAGGACAUCGUUAAUGUAUAAUAAAAUGUCAUUUAAAAAAGAAAAUUUAAAGCAACAACUUAUCACGUUUAUUAUAAUGAUUAAUUGGUUCAAGCCAAAUAAAAUAACUGAUGAUUGACAUCAUCUCCAAUAGGUCUAUUUUAGUGUACAAAUAAAUUAAUUCCCAGUAAAACUGUAGCUCUUACCUACUUGAUACUAGAUAUUAGAUACAUUUACAAUAAAGCUUAGAACUUAAUAAAAAAAUAAGACAUUAAUACUUUUUAAAGAGCAAAUGUACUCCAGAAAUUUGAGUAAGAGGAUACUAACCCAUAGAUCUGCUCAUUUAAUAAUACUUUGAAAGGCCUUAACUGUAUUUCAUCCCAUGCUUCAUGGCAAUUACUUUUAAAACAUUAAUUCAGGGACAAGUUAAAUAAAUUCAGAACAAACUAUAGAAAGCAAGUCGUGUUUUUUCUCAGCAAUCUAGCAUACACUAUUACAUUUCUAAGUGGGUGUAGUAACUGCUCAGGACUCUAAGCGCCGCUGUUCACUUACUUGGAGGAAAAUGUAACCAAAUGCCAUCAGGAUACUCAGGACUCCCUUCUCACAGACAGCCCCAGAAACCACAAACCAAUUGCAGGGCUGCCUGAAACUCCAUCCCUAAACUUGAGACACUCCAGCUUUCCAUAAGAGGAUCUCCAUAGCUGAGGCAAAAAGGUAAACAAGGCACAUAUGACCAAUGAAGAUUCUGAGUGGAUUCCGCAGCGGAAGAAAAAUGGCUGCUCGUGAGAAUUGCAGAGGACGCCGCGAGCUGGUCUUGCUGUGCACGCUCCUGGGCAUGCUGUGGGAGAUGGGGAGAGGACAGAUUCAUUACUCGGUGCCAGAAGAAAUCGUCAAAGGAUCCUUCGUGGGUAAUAUCUCCAAGGACCUGGAGCUGGAGCCCUGGGAGCUGGAGGGGCGCGGAGCGCGCAUCGUCUCCCGAGGUAGGACGCAGCUCUUUGCCCUGAACGCGCGGAGCGGCAGCUUGGUCACCGCGGGCAGGAUAGACCGGGAGGAGCUCUGCGCUCACAGAGCGCAGUGCCUGGUUAACUUUAAAGUCCUGGUUGAGGAUAGAGUGCAACUUUACGGAAUAGAAAUAGAAGUCAUUGAUAUUAAUGACAAUGCCCCCAAAUUCCAGGCCGAAAAUCUAGAAGUGAAAAUUAACGAAAUCGCUGCGCCCGGUACACGUUAUCCACUCCCAGAGGCUGUAGACCCGGACGUGGGCAUGAAUUCCCUACAGAGCUAUCAGCUCAGCCCCAAUCGCCACUUCUCCCUGGACGUGCACACUGGGGACCGCGGAACCCUAAGCCCAGAGCUUGUGCUGGAGCGCAGCCUGGAUCGCGAGGAACAGGCCGCUCACCGCCUAGUCCUCAUCGCCUCUGACGGUGCAGACCCGCGUCGCUCCAGCACGGCGCACAUCCUAGUGACAGUGUUGGAUACAAACGACAAUGCCCCGGUUUUUGCUCAACAGACUUACCGAAUGAAGGUCCCAGAGAGUGUGCCCCCGGGGACCCGGCUGCUUACUAUAAGAGCUAGCGACCCGGAUGAGGGAGCCAACGGAGAAGUGGCAUAUAAAUUCUGGAAAAUUAGUGAAGAACAGUCCCCGUUUUUCCAGCUUAAUGAAAAUACUGGGGAAAUUGCAACAGCAAAGGGUCUAGAUUAUGAAGAAUGUGCAUUUUAUGAACUGGAAAUACAAGCUGAAGAUGGUGGGGGACUGAAAGGGUGGACCAAAGUGCUCAUUUCGGUGGAAGAUGUGAAUGACAAUAGACCCGAAGUGAUGGUCACGUCUUUGUUUAGCCCAGUCUUGGAAAAUAUUCUUCCUGGAACAGUAAUUGCCUUCUUAAAUGUGCAUGACCGAGACUCUGGAAAGAAUGGUCAAGUUGUCUGUUACAUACAUGAUAAUUUACCUUUUCGUUUAGAAAAAUCGAUAGACAAUUAUUAUAGAUUGGUGACAUGGAAAUAUUUGGACCGAGAAGAGAUUUCUGUGUACAAUAUCACAGUGAUGGUCUCAGAUCUAGGUGCUCCGCCUCUAUCUAUUGAAACUUAUAUCACCUUGCUAGUGGCAGACAUCAACGACAAUCCACCCACAUUUCCUCAUGCUUCCUACUCAGCCUAUAUCCUGGAAAACAACCCCAAAGGUGCCUCCCUCUUCUCUGUGACUGCCCACGACCCUGACAGUGGCAACAAUGCCCAGGUCACUUACUCACUGAAUCAGGACACGAUCCAGGGGGCGCCUCUAUCCUCCUAUGUCUCAAUCAAUUCUGACACCGGCAUGCUGUAUGCACUGCGUACGUUUGACUAUGAGCAGUUCCAAGACUUGCAGCUACUGGUGACAGCCAGGGACAGUGGGGACCCACCACUGAGCAGCAAUGUAUCUCUGAGCCUGUUCAUUCUAGACCAGAACGACAAUGCCCCAGAGAUCCUGUACCCCGCCCUCCCCACCGACGGGUCCACAGGCGUGGAGCUGGCACCCCGCUCCGCAGAGCCCGGCUACCUGGUGACCAAGGUGGUGGCGGUGGACAGAGACUCGGGCCAGAACGCCUGGCUGUCCUUCCGCCUGCUCAAGGCCAGCGAGCCAGGGCUCUUCGCGGUGGGGCUGCACACGGGCGAGGUGCGCACAGCGCGGGCCCUGCUGGACAGAGACGCGUUCAAGCAGAGCCUGGUGGUGGCGGUCCAGGACCACGGCCAGCCCCCUCUCUCGGCCACCGUCACGCUCACGGUGGCCGUGGCCGACAGCAUCCCAGACGUCCUGGCCGACCUGGACAGCAUGAAGGCCCCGGCCGACCCGGACGCCUCUGGCCUCACGCUGUACCUGGUGGUGGCGGUGGCCGCGGUGUCCUGCGUCUUCCUCGCCUUUGUCAUUGUGCUGCUGGCCCUCAGGCUGAGGCGCUGGCACGCGUCGCGUCUGCUGCCGGCCGUGGGCGGCGGUCUGGUGGGCGUGGGGGCCUCGCCCUUUGUGGGCGUGGACGGGGUGCGGGCUUUCCUGCAGACCUAUUCCCACGAGGUGUCCCUCACUGCGGACUCGCGGGAGAGUCACGUGAUUUUCCCCCAGCCCAACUAUGCGGACACGCUCGUCAGCCGGGAAAGCUGUGAGAUAAAGGAUUCCUUGUUAAAAUCCAUAGAAUUUCGUGAAUGUAAGGAUGAAGCUGCUCCUGCUCAGGUGAGUUCAGCUCUUUGUUUACAUUUACUCCUCAGAAGAAUUAUAUUUUUUAUAAAUUUAUGUGUUUUGGAGCACAUAUUGUGAAGAAAGUGUAAAAUAUUUUUAAGGUGUACCAUGCAUUUAUGGGGUGUUUUUAUUGGUUAUACAAUGAAAUUUACCUCUAAUCAUCAUAGUUCUUUCAUUUGCUUUCCAGAGACUUGGACACAAUUGUUUAAAUGUGAAUUAUCAACCUUUUAAAAGCUUCCAUACUUUACUAUAAUUAUCACUUGUCACUCUUUCACUUAAUACUUACCCAACCUCAUAUUGUAAGUUUAUAUAUAUUACUAAAUUUGAACUGAGGAAAAAUUAUUGAGACUUCUAAAUCCUUGUAUUAGCUUAGUACAAGUACAAAUACAUCUACAAAUUUUCAGGAUUAUGUUUAGGGUUUGGACCUAAAACUAGGCUCUUGAAGGUUUAUUUCUUCAUUUCAAACCUCCUUUCUGAGAAUGACUCUGCAUCAGUACCCUUCAUUACCUUAAUACUUCUUAUCAUAUUUUAAAACAUAAACACACUUUAAAGAGUAGAGCCUGGUGGUAGGUAGAACUGAUCCCUAAAUGUUGACUUUGUGUGUCAAAGCUCAGUCAGGAUUCACACCAACAGAGACAUGGAAUUUAAAGCCUGAAAUGUCCAUUGCCUCUUCCAAAAAAGCCCAGGAAACCCACAAAAUCAGAUUUGAAAUAAAAUAUCAUUUCAAAUGUUGAAAGUGACUCUUGUAAAAUACAGAAUAUAUUUCAACAGAGUUCCAAUGAGCUGUUUUGUUUGCACAGCCAUGUGAACGAAAUGGGCUGUUGUUCUCAUUGUGAGAGUUUGAGAAAGUUGAUUUUUGAAAAGUUUCAAGUACAAGCUGCUCAAUUCAAUUGAAAGUGGUUUCAUUUGGACUGUCUUCUAUAUCCCGUGUUAUAGUGGCUUAAUAAAGCUAACAUACCUGGUUGUCGUUAGAUGAGGUGGAAUACAUGAUAAAUGAUUUGUUAUAAUACAAAGGACAUUUCCAAGAAGUAUGCAGCAUCCUCUCCUAUUCUGCAUAUACAGUGGGUGGGAGUUAAAAUAAUAUUUUCUGUAGUGUUUCAGUACACAGUCACUUUAGGGGAAACUGUAAUACUGACAUUUUACAAUUUAAAAAAUGCUUGGAAGGUUGCCCUGAUAGAUAAGAAAAUUCUUACUCUUGCUCAAAAUGGUCACUGUCAAAAAAAAGUUUAACAAAUGGAGAGAAAUAAUUAGAAUAUAUCACUCUGCUCAGUAAACUUAUGUAAAUAAAUUUAACAUGAGCUUUAUUCCUCCAAUUCCAAAGUCAUUACUUCAGUUUAACAUAGGUACAUAGAUAAGGAAGUAAUGCAGCUACUGGAAUAUCCCUUUUUUGUUUUUUAUUGAAGAAUAGAUAAACAUUUCUCCAGUAACUUUUAAGAAUGAAUUAAUGAACUAUAUUGGGUAUGAUAUAAGCCAAAUAAUUUUGCAACAUGAAGAAGUUAAAGUAAAUCAACUCUUAGCUACAUUGUAGGGGGAGUAUUUUUGGAAUGAAUACUUUUUGUGCUAGUUGGAAGAGUAAAACAAAAAUAUUUUUUAAAGAGAAUGUUGACAUUAUCAAGAAGAGAUGUUUGAUGAUUGGUACCAAAAUACCCUGUUUUCAACAGUUUUGGCAUUCCGUAACAUAUGUGAUAUGAAACAGCGUUAAUUACAUAGAUAUAUUGGGGAGAAAGGAAUCAGUGGAAGAAGGUUAACAUUGUCUCACAUAUUAUAGCUAUUAUGGAGAAAAGUUUGGAAAUCAGUAGAUGAUAAACUCUCUGAGGGCAAGAUCUGCGUCUCCUUCAUUGUUAUAUCACCACCGACAAGUGCAGAACUUAGUACAAGGCAAGAGUUCAAGGUAUUUAGAAUGGUAUAUAGGUUUGAAUAAAAACUCAAGACAAUAUUUUUAAUAAAUUGGAAACAAAAGAUACCUUAAAGAAGUCUUUAUAAUUUAAUAUUUUAAAUAAAUUAACAUAAAAACAUGUCUUGUUCAGUUACGCACAUGAUUACAAUUAUUGUACAUGGUUAAGUGAAGCGGCAGAGGCUGCAGUUUCCUCGCGCGGACUCUGGGCGCCGCUGUUGGCCAAAGUGGAGAGCCCGGAGCUGACGGUCUCUUCGCGCAGCCGCAGCGCACUCUGCCCAUCUCGGGCUUGCCAGCGCGAGCCUUUUACACCGCCUCCUCCUGUGGAAAAGUAGAGACCCUGACCCCCACGCGGGAAAUAAAGACUAUUCGGAGCUCCGGAGUUCGGCAACACACAGAUUACUUGUAAUCUGGCGUCUCCAGGCCGCAAGCUCCGCCCAACACAGACUGGCGUUUCUCUCAGGCCCAGAGACCCGGCACCAGCGG